AUGAUCUGUCGUGAUGAGUGCGAUGAAUUACAGAAUUCGGAUGGGAACUCAUUUCAAGCAGCACUGAUAAUGAGCGAAUCAGGCACAUUUGCGCACAUCGUGUACAGCAAAUUGAACACAAACAACGAUGCCGUGGCCGGUUUCAGUGGCACCGAUGGUUACUAUUCGUUGCCGGGUUCUGGGACACACAACGCAAUACAGCUGGCUGAGAAAAGUGAUAUCGGUAUCCCGGGAGAAUUCCUAUUCCGUAUCGAUUCCGAUCAAGUGUUCCUUUGCGGAGCCGGCUAUAAGGGGCAAGAAUGUGCAGAAGCAUGCGGUAAUACGGAGUGGGGGCUCGACUGCACUAGACAGUGCCACUGCGAAGGUGGUUCACAUUGUAAUGCCGAGACAGGCGCAUGCCCCAAUGGAAAGUGUAAUCCUGGAUGGACCGGCGCACCGAUCUGCGAAGAUGAUGUCGACGAGUGUGCGGAGCAUGAGAAUCUCUGUCCACGAGAGCAGCCAGACUGUGUUAAUACAGCCGGUGCAUAUUUGUGUAUCUGUUAUGAAUACGAUAAUACAACAAACACGUGCAAAGGUAUAAUGCCGAUAAAAAGUGACAAGAGUGAGCGAAUACCAGUACGUGUGGUACCGGUGCAGCCAAAACUGGCAUCCACGAUUAACGUGCCCAGCUCAAAGGCAACAAAGCAACAACAACAUGGUGCCGAGCAGUUGAAAACACCAUCAUCAACAAUAACAACAGCUGCAGCAACAAGUUCACUGCCCGCUAAGCACAAUGCAUCCGCGCAACCUACUUCUUCAAAUGAGGCUGAUACUCCAAACCUUGGAAUAGCCUCAUCACGAUGUCAUUGCGGUGAAAAUGCGGAAUGUCUUUCCGGUAUAUGUCAGUGCAAAUCGGGCUGGACCGGUGAUGGCAAAACCUGUGUCGAUAUUAACGAAUGUUUCGGUGAGCCAAGCGUAUGCGGCUCGCACGCCAUCUGCCAAAACAGCCCUGGAUCGUAUAGCUGCCAGUGUAACAUCGGCUAUAUUUUCGACAAAACUGGCAAAUGCAUUGGUAUGUUUCAUGAUUCUUCUUGA